CUCUGAAACUUGAGGAAGCCCCAUCCACCAGCUGCCUUGAAUCCACUUUCCUUGGUAACUGGGUCAGGGUUUCUUCUCCAAGCCUUGUGUCUUCAGCCAUCCUGCCCCAGUUGGUGCCUGUGCGUGGAGGGAGGGCUAGGAGGCAGCGAGUGGAGUUUUUUAAAGUGGAGUCUGUGGUGCUGGGGUGCAAGGUGUUGGAUGGCCUUGAGAGAAUGCUGGGGUCUCACUGUCCUCUUCUCUGAAAUGGGUUGGAUAACAGAGAUGCCCCCUUGCCAAAGCCUGGAGGCUCGUUGGAAUAUGCUCUGUGAACAGCUGGUGGGAUCCACAGCGAGGGAGGAAGUCUGGCUCUGAGGCCUUCAGCCUGUGCCUGUGAGAUGAGGUGGGAAGUGGGGGGAGAUGAGGACUGGGGGCCAGGAGAGGCAGUGGGGAGGGGCUGGAGAGCAGGCCAGAGAGUCAGGGGCCUGGUGACUCACGGGAACAGAAUGUCCUCUUUCCUUUCUAUUUCCCAGUGGAUUCUCUGUGAGGGCUGGAGGAGGAGGGUGUGAGAGAGAGAAGGAGGCAAAUUCACACUGAUUUCCUCCACCUUAGGUUUCUGGGUUGGGAAAGUGGACCCUAGGCUGCCGUGCAGUGUUGAUUUUUCUCUGCAGUGUCCUUCAAAUCCACCCCCUUCUCCAUUCCCAUGCCCUGCCUAGCCCAGCCCCCUCCAUCCCCCUCCUGGAUUCCUGCCACGACUCCUCUGGCUGCUCCCUGCAGCCCUGCCCCUUUCCCAAGUAUCUCCAGGCUGAUUUCACAGAUGAAUCAAAGACGGAGAGGAGGUUCCCUGAAAGCCGGAAAUAGGAAAGGAAGCCUAUGCAGGGCAGGAGAGAACCCGCUGAGCAAUCGGCCUUUAUUCCAGUUUAAAAAUGAGGAACCACUCAGACAAUCUGCAGGUGGCCUACAGCUGCAUGCACAUAGGAAGAACAGGCGAUGAGAAAUCAAAGGAACAAAUGUUCAAGCUUGAGGCAUAGUCCCCUGGUGCCCUCUAUCACCCCAGUUAAGGAGGUGAUGUUGGUAACUCAAUCUGAAACCACAGGCCCUGCAGAUCUGCCCAUCGUCUCCUUUCUUCUGGCCAUCCCAGUUAAUACAAAUAAUCCAAGGAACUGGCUUCCUGUUGCAGCCCACAGCCUGCUCCAUGUGGAGGAGGAGCCCAGGGCCCAGCUGGUCUCAUCAUCUCAGAAAAGGGACAGAUUGAGAAUACGACAGGCCAUUGCUUGCUCUGAAAAGCUGCUCUCCCAUUCUGUGCAAAGUGCCAGUUUCCUAAUACUGGUUCUAAAGCAAGUUCCCUUGGGCCUUGGAGAAACUGAAAAGGCCCCAGGCUGUGUGAACUUGGGCCAGCCCUCUGCCCUUUCUGGCACUUUGCACCCAGAUCAGUAAAAUCACAGAAUCAGAUGGUCGCUCUAUGGUCCCACGGUAACUGGAAAGUGCACUGAGCUAGGAGUGGAGGGAGGCCGGUCCCUCCUCGGCCACUGCUCACUUCUGUUAACAUGGCUAAUUCAGAAUGGGCUACAGGCAGGUCAUGUAACCUCUAUGACCACAGGAUCUUUAUCUAUAAAAUGGAGGCUGUAUUGCUACCGCUAUGCAGAGGUGCUGGGGAGGUUAUAUGAGAUCAUGUCUGGUGAGGUCCCAUGCCUGGAGUUAUUGUUCUCACGACUCUGUUUCCCAGAAUAGGGACAAAGUGGGGCUAAUAGUCCAGUCUCCUUUCUAGAAGUGGUGGGGGUCUCAGGAGGUGUUGGGUGUGAAAGGGCUCUGACCUGGCAGACUAACUCAGUUGCCUGGGCCUAGCUUAUUCCCCUGACCUCCUGGCAGGGAGCAGGGUGGAAAUGGCCUGGGGUGCGCCUGGUGGGGCAGGAUAACUGCUGAGCGGGGGUUGGACAGCUGCAGUGUGGGUCCUGGGCCCUCGCUCACAAUUGGAGGAAAGAAUUCAGGAAGUGCUCACAGUUGCUCAGACAUCUUGGAGCCAAGUUCCAAGUAGGACGGACGCUGCAGCACCCAGGGAGAAACGCCAAGGUCCCUGGGACAGCCACCAGUCCAGGAGGCCGCAGCACCAGGUACAGCCAGGGCUGGUCCUUGGGAAGCCCAGGGGAGUCUGUGCUCACGUCUUCCAGGACAGUGCUUCUUCUAGAAGCUGACAUGGAGCUGACCACAGCUCUUGGAGGCCUGGCCUGAGGCUUAGAAAAUAGACAGAGAUCAUCUGAGAUUUGAGCUUUGCGCAGUGGGGCCACAUGGCGGUGCCUGAUGGCCUGGAGCAGGAGCAACCCAGGGACUUGGAGCAGCAUCUUCUUAGGAGACAGAGGGAGAGCCGCCGGAGGAGCACCGGGCACCUGCGAUCGCCAAGAGCCUCCUGUUCUGGAUGGGAGCGAAAGCUCUGAGAGGACCUAAGGUUGCUCAGUGGGCCAUGGAAACGGCAGUGAUUGGGGUGGUGGUGGUGCUGUUCGUGGUGACUGUGGCCAUCACCUGCGUCCUCUGCUGCUUCAGCUGUGACUCGAGGGCCCAGGAUCCUCAGGGGGGCCCUGGCCGCAGCUUCACGGUGGCCACGUUUCGCCAGGAGGCUUCUCUCUUCACAGGGCCUGGUCGCCAUGCCCAGCCAGUGCCGAGUGCCCGGGACUUCUGGACCUUCAUGUGAGGCCUGAGUCCCCAGGAUUUGCUGUGCCAAUGGGUCAGACUCACUCGCCCCUCAGCAGGCCUUCCUGGGCCUUCCCCUCCUCCCAGGGCCUUCUCCCUGUCCUUCCCCUGCUGUACUGUGAACUUCCUGUCUCCUCCCAUUCCAGCCUUCUCUGCCCUCCAGGCUUGGGGAUCCUUGUUAUUGGGACCCCUGACAGCCCAGCCAGGGUCGACCCACAGGAUGGGGCUUAGGAGGGGUCUGAGGAGUGAGUGAACAGACACAGCGCCGGACUGCACAGUCGGCUGGUUUUGCUGAUCUACACCGGCCACUGAAAUAUCACUGGAAUGUAUUGUAAACGGUGUGCCUAUGACUCCCACCUGAGCACGCAGCACCCUCGAGUGGCCAUUUUUAGAAACCGCUUCUUACUUGCUCUCCCAAUUGAUUACUUUUGCACAUUGCACAGAACCCAACCUGGAGGCCUGCUGCCAGUUGCCUGAAAUCAGCCCUAAAAUUCUGAAACCAAAGAGGUGCUUCCUGGGAACAAGUGAUUUACUUUCGAUUUGAAAAUGUAUAUCCUUUUAUGGGCCUUUCCAAAUCUGAUUUGAAAAACCACAAAAGGAAACAGAAAAUAAGAGCCACAGAAAGUACAAUAUGUUUUAUUGACAGGAAAGCCAGAAAUAAGAUUUUUUAAACAUAUUUUUAAUGAGACUUUAUUGCUAUAUUCCAACAGGUCACUUCUAUUCUUAGAGAAUGUGAAUGACUUGUGUCACUUCAGAGUGACAGAAAAAUCAGGAACCGAAAGAUAAUUCCAGACAAGUUAAAAUGUUAUGUUACAUUCAGAGCUCUUGUUUUCAUCACAAAUAAGGAGAUAUUCAGUUUUUAUUAACAGAAAACCCAUUCUCCCGUGGCCAUGGAAUAAAUGCUGUACUAUAUUUAAGGAA